CUUUAUUGCAUACAUCCUUUUUAAUAACAAUCACAAGCACAAUACAUCAACAACACCAACCAACACCAACACCCUUCUAAGUUCUUCUAUCUUCCCUCUCCAUAACAAAACUCAAAAAACAAACCUUUUUUCAUCACUUUUUCUUUUCUCUUUUUCUCUCCCCAAUGGUUCCACCAAAUACCAACAACACACAAAAUCAUGAAAACCAACAACAACAAAAAGAGGAUUCUUCUUCAGAAUCCAAGAAACUAGAUCAACAACCACAACAAAGAGUAGUUGUAAAAUGUCCAAGAUGUGACUCUCCCAACACUAAAUUCUGUUACUACAACAACUACAGCCUCACUCAACCAAGACACUUCUGCAAAACCUGUAGAAGAUAUUGGACUAAUGGUGGAUCGUUGCGUAACGUUCCGAUCGGCGGUGGUUGUCGAAAGAAACAGAAACUCAAAAACUCAUCAUCAUCAUCAUUAUCAUCCAUUUCUAAGUUCUCUUCUUCACCUUCACUUGAUUUUCAUCUUGGUGGCUUAUUACCCUUACCUUUACCAUUACCCUUUACUUCAAAACCCUAUUUCUAUAACACUUGUGUUCCUACUACAAGUCCUUCAACUUUUCAUCUUGAUCCAUCUAGUACCUCAAAUCCAAUGAUGGCUCUAAACUUAUAUCCUUUUUCUUCUACUUCAAAUGGAAAUGGAUUCAUCAAUGAAAAUUCAAUUCAAGGAAUGAACUUCAUGAAUGUGAAUACUACUACAACAACAACAACUACUAGUAGUAGUAAUACUAAUCUUGCUAUUGAAUCAUUGAGUUGUAUGAACCAGGAUUUGCAUUUGAAGCUUCAGCAACAACGAUUAGCAACUAUGUUUGGUGGAGAUGAUGAUGACAAGAAAGAUGGUAUUACUAUUAGUGGCAAUGAUUUGGUUUCUCAGGUUAGCGGCAUCGAAAAGGCUCAACCGAUUUUGUUUCAGAAUCUCGAGAAUUCAAAGGCGGAGAUGUUUCAAGGUGUUGGUGAUGAUGGUGGUGAUAUGAGGAAAGCAGGUCCAAGUCCAAGUGAAUGGUUCUUUGAGAUGAAUUCGUAUUCUUCGGUGAUGACUCCGACGAGAAAUAAUGAUGGUGUUUGCAUGAAUGGCGAUCAUGAUAAUGGAGGAAACAACAUCAACAACAACUGGAUUAACAAUGGUGGUGUUCAUGCUUGGAGUGAUGUGCAGCAGCAGCAGCUACCAUAUAGUGCUUUGCCCUAAAAUGGAUUGAUUAAGUGUAUGUUUGGAUUAGCGGUAAGGAGUCAGAAAAAAAAAUCACGGUGCCACCGUGAUUUUGCAAAACUCUAGAACGAUAUAUUUUUAUUGAAAUUAAGUCGGUUAAUUAUGAUUCUGAUAAUUUCAUCUGUGUCGAUUCAGACAUUGGUUAGAGAUAGAGUUUUUUUUUUUAAUCAUGGAAGGAAAAGUGAAGAAUGAAGGAUUUUAUAGGCUAUGAUGUACUAUAUAAUUGUUUAAAAACUAAAUUAAAACAUAUUUUAUGAAUUUGUCUUGUUUAUUUAUUUUGUUAUCAAAAUCAAGUUAUGUAUGUAGCAAA